AUGGAUCCUUCACCACCAUAUUACAACUACAAUUCCCAAUUCAACCAAUCAAAUGAUAAUUUUGUUCCCUUCUUAUUUGUUGGCGAAGAAUCUCAAUUUGUUGGAGAUGAAUAUCAAUUUCCAUCUCAUCAACCUUCUCAAGUUUCCAGCAUUCCUACUGAAGUGUCACAAUCCAGUUAUUCCCAACCUCCCAGAAAGCAAAGGGCUAUUCGGCCUCCUAAUUGGUCCACAGUUGAAGAUGAGGCUUUAUGUUAUGCGUGGAUGGCCAUUAGCGCUGAUGCGGUCAUCGGUUUAGACCAACAAAAGGCAGCGUUAUGGAUCCGAAUUCAAGAAAGUUUUGAGCAACACAUUAGUGGUGCUGGUACACCUAAAAGAAAUCAUAUCGCCUGCUUGAAUCGUUGGUCCAUCAUUCAACAAAUGAUUACCAAAUUUUCUGGAUGCAUGACCCAGAUCGAAAGGAAUUACCCUAGUGGGCAAGACAAUGAGUACAAGCCGAAGAAGAGGAGUGGAAUCCACAUUGAUGAUAGUGAGCCUAUUGGUCACUCACACCCAUCUACUCCAUCAAGUAAUGCAGCAACAACACCAAGUUCGGUUGAAGGAUCGGCGCACACAGGCGAAAAUAAUCCGACGGAUGUUGAAGAAUGUCAGCAACCAGAAGGACGAAAAGUAGCGAAGCAGAGGCGAAAUAAGGAUAAAAGACAAUCUGAAAGUCAGAAUGAUUUCAUUAGCAAAUUUGAUCAUGCAACGGCCCUUUAUCAAAUACAAUCUAAAACCCUUGAGGCCGCUUAA